AUGACACCAAGUUCUUUGUCCCCGCAUUACGCGGCUCAAUCUCCUUCAGGACGUAAACCUGACUUGGUAGCGAAGGAGGUGCUGGAAUGGUGGCAAACCAACGGAAAGCACCCGUUCAUCCAGCCCCACAUCUCGUCACCGAGUAAUGUGGGUGCGAACUCGCCAGAGAACUUACCACUAGGUGAUAAGGUCCAGCUCAUUCGACUACCAGUAGCUUCACCGUCAGCCGUUAAAGAGUUCAGUCAGGUUUGCAGUGAAGAGCCAGCACAUCUCACCACAGUUUGUGUAACUGUUCUACGACAGAAGGAGCAGCUAAUAAUAUUUACUCAAAGUACUUAUGAAAGCGGUUUUGCAAAAUAA